AUGGCUAGGAUGUCUCCAGUUAUCCUCAUUCUCGGAUCGGGUCCCAAUGUCGGGCACCAUGUCGCUCGGGCCUUUGUGGCAAAGGGUUACAGAGUUGCCUUGGCAUCUAGGAAUAUCAAAGAGGAAGAUGACAAUACGGACCAACUUCAAAUUUCUGCAGACCUAUCGGAUCCUCAUUCAGUGAAGGGCAUCUUUUCGAAAGUCGAGGCAUCGAUCGGUCUGCCAAGUGUUGUUGUUUACAAUGCAUCCGCCGGGGCUCCAAACAAUCCAGAGGACCCCCUGUCUAUUCUCUUGGCUGACUUUAGUCGUGACUUGCAUGUCAACACAACUAGUGCCUUCGUCGCUGCACAACAGGCAGCUUUAAGCUUCAAAAAACUCCCUGACCAUAUGUCCAAGACAUUCAUCUACACCGGCAAUAUACUCAACGAGACCACCGUUGCUAGUCUUUUGGAUGGUGGUGUAGGGAAAUCUGCAACGGCCCACAUCAUCCGCUCUGCUGCUGCCGCGUACCGUAAUAAAGGCUUCAAAUUCUAUUAUGCCGCUGAGCGGAAGGCUGAUGGAUCUCCCGCAUACUCUGAGAUCAGUGGCGAGGCACAUGGAAAAUUCUAUGCCGAGCUCACCGAGCAAAAGUCUCAAGGUCCUUGGCAACAAACCUUUGUCAAGGACAUCGGAUACAAGCACUUCCCAGCUUCUUGA